AUGCACACUGUAUUAACAAGGGGUAAUGCUACCGUGGCAUACACUUUAUCGGUUUUGGCGUGUUUAACAUUUUGUUGUUUUGUAUCGACUGUGUUCCUAGAUUACAGAAUUCAGUCUAAUGUAAAAACUGGAAAAAUUUUAGUAAAAAAUGUACCGGAUUACGGAGCCUCUAGGCAAAAACAUGAUUUGGGAUAUAUAACAUUUGAUCUGGAAACAAAUUUGACAAGUAUUUUCAACUGGAAUGUCAAGCAGCUUUUCAUAUUUCUCACUGCAGAAUAUAAAACCGCAGAUAAUGUGUUAAAUCAGGUAGUGCUGUGGGACAAAAUAAUUCGCCGAGGAGAUAACGCGGAAUUGGAUUUCAAAAAUUUGAAUACCAAGUAUUAUUUCUGGGAUGACGGAAAUGGUUUAAGGAAUAACCCCAAUGUUACGCUCUAUCUGUCGUGGAACAUAAUUCCAAAUGCUGGUCUUCUCCCAACGAUAAUGUCUUUAAAUUCACAUACAUUCAAGUUUCCUUCUGAAUACGCGUCUGCAUUAAUUUGA